AUGUCGUCAAUUGAUAUCCGAUAUGCCUGUGAAGCCGACUGUACGCAGAUCGCAGCUGUCAACGGGGCAGCCUUUGCCACAGGCUUAUUUCUUCGCAAUGCGUAUCCACAGGCCUCCCCCGCCGAGAUGAUCGAGUUUCGACGGGUGCAUGCCCUGCGCCAGCUCCCUGACAAGACCACUCACACGCUGGUGGGCGUGGAGCGUGCCACGGGCACUAUUGUCGCCCUGGCGCGCUGGAAGGGGGCCAUGACGCGGAUUCUUAUGAAUGGAGACUAUCCGCCUGCUGUCACACUUAGUGAUCAAGCUGCUGCCCUGAUAGCCAAGCCGAAUAGUGAGAUUGCUCUAACUGUGUGCAACCAGGGCGUGCUGGAUGCAUUUGCGGCCCUCACUAAGGAAAAGCAUAACCGAUAUUUCCAUGAGGAUGAUAUAGAGCUGGAUCUACUCUGUACCCACCCCUUAUACCAAGGCCAGGGCAUUGGGGCAGCAAUGAUCAAAUGGGGCACUGAUAAGGCCGACGCUGCAAAGGCACAUAUUUAUCUGCAGGCGACAGCUGAUGCGCAUCCCCUUUAUUGUAGGCUGGGAUGGGAGACACUGGACGAGGCGGUCCUUGACUAUGGGAAAUAUGGGGGGGAGGGGGUGAAUAGAAUCUAUUUCAUGAGGAGGGCGCCAAUGAUAUAUAAAUAA